GGAAAUUCAAGGGUCUCGAUGCUUAAGACACCCGGCCCUCCUGCCGUCUGGCGUGAAAAGACUAGGCGGUUGCGCCGGGCGGGACUCAGGCCAGUGUGGCAAUGGAGACAGCAUGGUUGAUUGGACUUUGUUUGGAUUCACAUUCAAAUAGGGCACGGCGUUCAUGGGGGUCACUUUUUUUCCCAUUUCUUUUUGGGGGUUUUCUUUUCUCCAUAGACUUUGGCCGUGCAGUUGUGGUAGCAUUGCAUUUUUUCUUUACCCGGUGGUGCCAGUUGAGGCAAGCACCCCCCGGGAGAGGGAAUAUACGCAUAGAGAUAUAUAUAUACCAGUAUACAGGGCAAGUCUCAGGACGUCCAAAACAUUGCAUGGGAGCCAACAAGUAAUUCACGUGAGGCGUGGCGGGAUUAUGACCAUGCGCUGCUUGUGGCUAUUCUAUUAUGCAAUGACCUUGUAUGUACAGUUGGGCCUGGAUACCUGCCUUUUUGGUGAGCACGCCAUGCUAUCUCCUUGCGCGACAUGACUUGUCGUGGACACUGGCAGACACCAGCUACCUGGAUGGCUCAGAGUAGUGCUGAGGUAUUUCGUGUCGCCUUGUAUUCAUACUUCAUGGUGGCGCCCUUUCCAAAGCCCAACCAGGACGACUAGGACGCCUCAUUUUUCAAUUACCGAGGCUGUGCCAUUUGCUGUACACCGCAUCAAAGA